UUAUCAAGUCCAUAAGAAAGUGUUUCAUAUAAACCUUAGGGUUAGGGCUUUGGCAUUGGCACUAACCUUAUCCAACUAAAACCAUUGCCUCUCUUUUUUUAUGUUUUCGGGUUUUGCUGUUGCAUUAACAUAGGCAGUGCAGACAAUGAGGAAGCGGCAAGUAGUAGUGAGAAGGGAGGAGCCAGCAAGAAGCACUACCACAAUAAGGAGUGUGAGAUAUGGGGAGUGCCAAAGGAAUCACGCCGCCAGCACCGGAGGUUAUGUCGUCGAUGGUUGCCGGGAAUUCAUGGCCAGCGGAGACGAAGGAACCAGCGCUGCACUCACUUGUGCUGCCUGUGGGUGCCAUAGGAAUUUCCAUAGGAAGGAAAUUGAAGCCGAGGUAGUCUCUGAGUGUUCUUCACCUCAUAAUUCUUCCAAUACAACAUAACUAUAUAUAUAUAGUUUUGUUUAACUUUUAUUACAGCUCAAGUUUAUAUAAUUGGAAGGUUUUAAUUAUAUGAUAUAGUAUUGUAGCGGUAAUAUUGGAAGCUGGCUUUCAGUUUUCAUUACGAAAACAUCCUCCCUAUCAAUAACUUGUAUUAUGCAUGUUGUUAGUGAAGGAAUUAAUGAUGCUUAAUGUUAGGUUUAUGUUUUCUAUUGAA